UGUGGGGAAACUCUGUGGUACACGAGUACGUGUUCAAUCUGCGCGGUUACUGCGAGCAAGACAGCUGGAGAUCAUCUCAGCGGAAGUGGAAGGAUGUCGCAGAAGAAUAAGAAGAGAGUUUCAGCCAGCCAGAGUUCACAAGUAAAAGGAGCCAAGGUGCAGGAUGUAGAGAUGGACAGUGAUGAGGACGUUAGUCUGACACAGCCCAGCUCCACCCAGCUGCAGAGGAGCCUCGCUCGUCUCACCCCAGCGCAGGUGGACCGCAAGAUGGCCGAGGUUGUGCAAUUCAUUCUAAUUAAGGACCAGAAGAAAGUGCCAAUCAAACGAGCUGAUAUCGUGAAGCACGUGGUGAAGGAAUACAAGAACAUCUACAAUGAGAUAAUGAAGAGGGUCAGCAAAACCUUUGAGCAGGUGUUUGGUUUAAAACUGGUGGAGAUUGAUGUUAAACAUCACUGCUACAUCCUGAUUAACAAACUGGAACACGUGGAAGACGAUAAUCUGAGCUUAGGGGGCUCACCAAAGACGGGUCUUCUCCUGGUUAUUUUAGGUAUAAUCUUUAUGAGGGGUGGUGUGGUGAAGGAGUGUAACAUCUGGAGCACACUGAAGAAACUUCGAGUGGAGCCGGGAGAGAGGCAUGAAGACUUUGGAGAUGUCAGGAAGCUGGUAGUAGACGAGUUUGUCAGGCAAAAGUAUCUGGAGUACAUUCGCGUCCCGCACACGGACCCUGUCGAGUUUGAGUUCCGCUGGGGGCUGAGAGCAGAGAACGAGGUCUCCAAGAUGAAGGUGCUGGAGUUCUUUUCAAAGGUGCAGGACCAAGACCCCAAGAUCUGGGCAUCCCAGUACAAAGAAGCAGAACAAUCUGAGGCUGCGUCUGCACUGAGGUAACCCCAGAUACACAAUCAACAGGAAACUGGCCUGUUUGGAAUCGCACUGAUUUUAAGGGAAACUUUGUUUUAGGACACAUGGGCUACAACUGGAUGGCCUUUUGACUUUAUUUUGAUAAAAGCACUGCUUUUUAUUGAGGGGAGGUUAUUUUAAUUGUCAGCUUUGUAUGCAGCAGGGGUAGUCCAGUCCAUUACAUUACUUUGCAAGAAUUUCCUCCAGCCAAGUCACAGGCUAUUGAAUUGAUCUUCAGCAGGGUCAGCUCACUUCCUAAGGAACUGGUUGGAACAUAGUUCUGCAGCAUAAAGUUUAUACAAGUCACUUGGCUAAUUUCUGCUGCUGUGGUAGAAAACUUAAAAAACAUGUACAUAGAUUUAAUUAUUUUAACAUUACAUUUAAACCUCCCAAAAUACUUACACAAGAAAUAGCUGUGUUAGGGAAAGAAGCACAUUUAAAGGAAAAGGGUUUGAUUAAAGGGUUAUUCUACCUAGAAGCGACAGCCAGAAAUGAAAAAUGGAAGUUGUUUUACAUUUUUAAUGGAACGACCAUAGGGUGUAUUUGCAAAUACCUUAUUUAUUCCAAGUGUAUCGAAUCGUUUUCCCAAUGUUAAGGUCAUUUUCCCAUCUUUGCAUCCACUUAAGGCGAGCACCGUGUCUUAAACAAAGUCAUCUUUUUAAUAUUGAUCCCAUUUCGUACUAAACAACACACUCAAAUUACUGAAAGAUGACACUUCAAUUAAACCCAGAGGCACAUUAAAAUGUAGUGGAUACACAUAGAGUUUGAUGUGCAAGUUAAUUUCUGCAAAGAUGAUUCAGCUUCCAUAGUAAGUAUUUCAUUUUUGGCCGCCCCCUUGCAGGCAGAAAUCUCAUCUUGUAGCCCCUUGUCUUUUUUUUUUGUUUUGAGUUUUUACACGCAUAGAACUUUGUAAUGCAUUGUAGCCAUUGAAAUAAGACACAGCUGAAUAACCAGUUUGAAUUAAAUUUUAGUGGCACUCCUAGAUACUGAACUUGGCUUAUGGAUGUUCAAUAAAGUCAGGUUUCAUUAGGCUUUGCUUAUGGGAAGGACAAAAAC